CAGUCGAUGUAAAUACCUAAGAAACUUAAGCAGCAAGAUCCAGCCCCAGCUUCGAGCGACUUCGAUGGGCGAACGGGAACAGCCCGAGUGCCUUCACAAUUGCUCCAGAUUUUAGGCGAACCAAGUCUCUGAUUCGCCUGACCAUUCCGAGCAUGUCUCCACACAAUCGCGGCUGUGCAUUGUUACAAGUUGACUGUGACAGCAGCGGCGGCGUGAGCAGACGCUGUCAAACACGUCCGGGACCAAGUGUUUCCGGAGAAGGAAGCAGAGACAAUGAAAGCCUUCAUGGGAAGGACUUCAAGCCCUUCUCGGACGAUCCCCGAGAUGCUGACGGCCAUGUUCGUGCCUCAAAAUUGAGGCAUCACAGUAGCAUUCGGCCUUGGAAAACGCCACGUAUUAAUUUACCACACUCGCGCGCCCUAAUUGUUCCGCUCUUGAUCUUCCGCACUCAGACCCAAAAAAAAAAAGGCAUGAAUACAGCGGGUUCUGUGGCUCUUCCCGAGGGUACAGCAGACGACAACGACACACUGUUUGAGCGUAUCAUUUACGAGUUUGGCGAUAGCUUCUCCGCCUCACAAUGCGACGUCUCUAACUUCACGCGUGUCCUCAUCCAGCUUUUUGAGCCGCACCCCACGAACCGGGUUAUCGUCUUUAGGAAUCGAGAGGGGACCGAAGGCUUCGGAUGCAUACGAGUACUAAAGAGAGAGUACAACGGUGAGGAGAGGCAUAGGAAGGUGGGAACCGUGUGGGAGAAUGUGAGAGGCAAGGGCAGCUACAUGGGCGUCAUACCCGCUGGAUGCCGCUUUGAGGCUAUGUACGUUGAACUGAGGCUUGUUACCAAGCGAUAGGAUAAGACCAGGAUGGUUCCCACCCAAUUUCGUGCGCAUAUGCGAAGGCAGUCUCGCGUGGCACAGUGAAGAACACAAACGCUGGGGUCCCGUCAAAGGGGACCGUCAGUGUAGACGGCGGGAGCCCAUGAUCAGAUUGCG